GAAAUUAAAAAAACGCGUUUGUGUUGUGACGCAAUUACCUAAAAGGUGAGUUCACGUGACUACACUAAAUUUGUAAUUUCGUCAAAAAUCACGUGGAGUGAAAGAUAAACUUUCCUCAUUUCUUUAUCUAGAUUUAAGAAAUGCUAUCUGAAGCUACUACUCCACGUUUUCAAGUUCAUACUUAUAGUCAUUUAUUUCUUUCACAACAAAUACAUUUUCAACUGACAAUCCUUCAAGAUUCCGUGUUUAUAUGGAUUGGUUCCGAAGGAAACGAAAUACUAGGAAAUUUGGCGAUUGCCAUGCCUUCACCUUUACGGAAUAAUAGUUCUACUUCGUCGUCAUCGGGAACAACUGUACUAUCAAAUGACGUGGAUGAAACUUCUAAGCAGCUUGGACAAAGACUUGCUACUAAGUUUAAUAAACAAUUCUUUGUCAGCAUCAAUUUACCCCCAAGCACAGAUCAAAUGAUGCUUUCUUUUGUUGAAAAGAAAGUUCUUGCUAUAAUAAAGGGAUUCUUUUCAUGAUUUAUUAAAUUUAAUAUAUUAUCUUAAAAAAAAAUUAAAUUAUGAAAAUUUAAUUAAAUUUUGUUAAUCAUG